UUCCUCCUAGUUCGGGAACACAGCUAUAGAGGGAGCUGUAUCAAACCUUCAAGAUGGCUGUCACUGAAGCGAUGUUCUCUGUUGUUGUUUUGUUAAGUUGUGUUUUAAUCGCUCAGGCAGUUUUACCAAAGAGGAAAUUUGAAUACAAGUUCAGUUUCAAAGGCCCCCAUCUUGUGCAGCAAGAUCAAAGCGUGCCUUUUUGGGAACAUGGCGGAGCUGCACUGGCUGGGGACGAGGGAAUCAGGUUGACACCAUCUUUGAGGAGCAAGAAAGGGUAUGUGUGGACAAAGAACCCUUUUGAAUAUGAGAACUGGGAGAUUGAGGUCGCUGUUCGUGUGUCUGGUCGAGGACGUAUUGGAGCCGACGGCAUGGCUAUCUGGUACACCAAGAACAAGGGGGUGGAGGGAGACGUCUUCGGCAGCAACGACAAGUGGGACGGUCUUGGUAUCUUCCUCGACUCCUUCGAUAACGACGGACAGCAAAACAACCCUUAUAUCAUGGCAGUGACAAACGAUGGAACGUUAUUAUUUGAGCAUGCAAAUGAUGGCCAGUCUCAGAUGUUGGGUGGCUGUUUGAGAGAUUUCAGAAACAAACCGUUCCCUGUGCGUCUCCGGGUUGAGUACUACAACAAGGCCAUCACAGUGUUUGUCAACAACGGUCUCACCCAGAACGCCAAUGAGUUUGAGAUGUGCAUGAGGGUAGAGAACAUCAACCUGCCGAAGAACGGAUACCUGGGAGUGUCUGCCGCUACUGGGGGUCUUGCCGAUGACCACGAUUGCCUGUCGUUCCUGACCCACUCCCUACUCCCUCCCGCGGAAGAAGGCGCUGCCGGCCAGGUUUCUGAAGAAGAGAGGAAAAAGUUUGAAAAGGAAUUCGAAGACUAUUAUAAUGAACUUGAAAAGGCAAAACAAGAUUUUCAGAAGCAGCACCCAGACAAGGCCAGAAUGGACCCCUACCAGGUGGAUGAGGAUAAAUGGUUUGAAAGCCAGAACGAGAGAGAGAUGAAGCAGAUAUUCGACGGACAGUCAAACAUUCAUCUGACUCUGAAAGACUUAAAUCGAAAGAUGGACGAGCUUCUGGGCAGACAGGAACUGGUGUUGUCUAAAAUCAGUAUGGGCACUCAGACUGGUGGACAGGUGCCCCAAGGUCAAGUCCCCCAGACUGGACAGCAGCAGAUGGGUCAGAUCAAUAUUGACACAAUCAAAAGACAUGAAGUUGACAAAGUUUUUAAUAAUCAAAAUGAUCUCAUAAACCAAAUACGGGACAUGAGAACGGUGAUAAAUGAUGUACAGCAGAAAGCCAACAUCAUCCAGGGUUCUGGGGGACAGCAGCAGGGCGGGGGAGGGGGUGGGGUAGUCCAGCUCACCCUCCAUGAGUUGAAGGAUAACCUCAACAAUGCUAGGAAUGAUAUUGCCAUGCUGCUCACAAGGCCGCAGGCUGCAGCCGCAGCGGCUAACUGUCCGACACAAUCUGGCUGUCUGACACCACUGGUGUUCUUCAUCGCUCUAGCUGCACAAGUUAUACUAAUGAUUGGAUAUAUGGUUUAUAAACAAAAUAAAGAAGCACAAGCGAAGAAGUUCUAUUAGGAAGAGAUGUCAUUAGGUUUUAAUAUAUUUCAUCAAGUCUGUAAUGUUUCACUCAUAUAUGUUAAGUUGCCAUUAUUCAUUUUGAAAGUCAUCUCCAAUAAAUGAAAAUAUUUGUAAUAAAUCAGAAAAUUUAUUUUUUGUUUUGAAAAUUUACCCUCUUUGGAAUUUGCCCUGAUCAUGCAUUAAUUUCAUCUUCCAAGGUUACCAUGGAAACAGUUACAUGUUGGGUAUUGACAUAAAAACUUAGGCCACAGUAAGUUUAUUAUCAGAUUUUCAUCCAAAUCUUUAAAACGCUAGGCGGGAGUCGUUUUAUCUUUUCUUUCCUGUUAAACAAACCUUCAAAGGUAUCUGUGUACAUUAACUGUUGAUGGAUUAUUUCACAUGAAGAAUGAAUGUUUGGUAGAACUAUGUAUGAGAUUUAUUUUAUUAUGUUAUGAAGGGAACACAUGUAGUGAUUUUCUCCAUCAGCAUCAUCAGUAGGUACUGGGUACUUCGGGACGAUGAGAGGAGGUCAGGAUGGCUGUUUAUGGUAAUGAGGUGAUGGAGACGAACAUUUUAGUAUUAAUUUAUUAUUGCCUUGAUUAUCAGUUAAUCUCAAGUAAAGUUUGGGGGUUAAUAAGUUUUCGAUAAUGAAUUACAUUGAAAUAUCUAUGACUACCAUAAGAGUCUUGAAGUCAUCAACACAGAGACCUUGAUGUACAUGUGCACUGUUUGUGUUAGUAGGAAAGUAGGAAUCAGAAUAUUUUUCAAUUUAUGUCAAGUGACAGCAAUACUAAAGAACUGCCCAUAUGUUCCUUGUAUAGAUUUAUGGUUGUGUUUUUUCUCUUAUUGUUCUUACUUGUAACCGGAACCUUAUGAUAGCAGCAUAUACAACUGUGGUUUUCAGUCUUUGAAAGGCAUUUAGAAGUGAUACACAUAAGGAAGAGAAAUUAUGGAUGUCAUCUUCUUUAUUAUGAGGAACAUGUAUGGGAGUAUUUUCUUACUCCUUCGUCAGGUGAAUGAAUACUCUGAGGCAGAGAGCAUAUAUAUGUACAUGUAAAAGCAGUAAAAGUAAUAAGACAACAAAAGUGGAAACUUAACAAGGAAAGCCAACAGAUGAUUGGUGCUGAUUGGUGAUUAGCAAUAGACAAUGGAAACCAACAGAUGAUUGGUUUUGAUUGGUGAUUAGCAAUAGACAAUGGAAACCAACAGAUGAUUGGUUUUGAUUGGUGAUUAGCAAUAGACAAUGGAAGCUAACAGGUGAUUGGUUUUGAUUGGUGAUUAGCAAUAGACAAUGGAAACCAACAGAUGAUUGGUGCUGAUUGGUGAUUAGCAAUAGACAAUGGAAGCUAACAGGUGAUUGGUUUUGAUUGGUGAUUAGCAAUAGACAAUGGAAGCUAACAUUUUACAGUAAUUAGAGCUGAUAGUUGAUAAUGAAGGGCAACUGGAAGCCAGGACUUAUAAUCACACCAUCCAUUCACCUGACCAAGGAGUAAGCAUGUACUCCGAAAUGUUGUGUUCCUCAUAAUAAAGAAGUUGACAUCCAUAAAUUCUCCUCCUUAACUGGGGUUUUGUUGACUUUGGUCGAGGAGGGUUUAUUCGGGUUAAGAUAAUUGUGACCUACCUGGAGAAAAGGGACCUUAUGGGUCCUUGGACAUAAUUGAGCUGUGAUGUCAUUACGAAAGAUGUUUUGACAUCAACUUAAUUCCAUAAAGAUCGCCAUAAGUGCAGACUCUCGUUAGUUCGUAAUGUAAGAAAAACAUUUAUCAAAACAUUUCAGCAAAAAUGUCUACUUUUAAUUAAUCAGACUAUAUCUACAAAUUGCAUUUAUAACAUGAAUAGUUAAGUCUGAACGGACAUUGCAGAAAAUGAGUCAGAAUGUUUGAUGCCAUGUAUGUCUGUGAUAAAUGUGAAUUAAAGCGUGUGAAUUAUAUUUUUGUGGUCCUAAGAUUCUGUAGUUUUAAAAUAUAAUAAGAAGUCCACGUGUGUCUUUUCUGCCAUAAGGUCCCUUAUCUCAUGGAUAAUAUUCAGCAUGAUAUCACAGAAUCUGAUAGUGCUUCCAUGAUAUAACCAACAUUUAAGAAGUGAUAUGUUAGCUGUAUUUAUUGCCUAUGUAUAUGUUCUUUUCAUAUAUUGGAGAAGAAAACGUAUCAUCUAGUCACCAUUCCUCUUGUCAAGAGAUUGAAUGAAAUCACAAAAACCAGAAGUGCUUCUGAAAUAAUAAUUCUGUUAGAUAUCCUAUAAAUACCUCAAUUUACUUCGUGGUGAAUCCUAAUUUUGUUACUGUUAUUUCUGUGGGCAAAACAUGAUCGUGCCUUAUACAAAACUGAUGGUUAAGGCUACACAUAGAAUUCGUUUUCAGCCAUGGUGAGUGUUAGACAAAUGGGGCGUUUGGUACCCAGACUCGGGAUUUUAAUCUUUAUUACAAGAGCAUGAAAAAACGUAUUCAUUUUAGGGGUAUUGUUAUGCCACAAACUCAAGAUUUAAUCAUGAGAGUCAUGGAUGUAUUUUGUUUGACAUGCCUCGGGGUAGAAAGAGGUAUUUCAUAUUGGACACAGUUUUGACGUCAUGAAGCCACGAUUCUCUGCCCUUGACAAAAAUAUGCCACUGGCCUAUUCAAGCCCCAAGUUUGCAACCAUUUCCCAAACUGGAAAAACAAAAUUCCAAGUUUGUGUUAUUUAUCAUGCUAAUAGAUACAACUACCAUUAUGGUUUUACAGAGCUGACUUGUGACUAUUUAAUCAAGCCGCUAUGUAAGUAGAGGCAUUGAUGCAUAGUUUACAUGAUGAAGAUACCUCUGAAUUAUCCAAAAUAGAAAUUGUUUCAAUUUUUUAAAAAGUAAUGUAUUUUUGUACCAAUUUGUCUGUCAGGGACACAUGGUUUGGAAUUCGAUAUAAAUCCCUGAGUUUAUCACCUGCUAUUCUUGUCACAUUAGUACCAGUGAUGACAAUUUUCCUUUAUAUGCAGAUUUGUUUGGGUCUUUGAAUACGCUUUUCCACAUGACAAAUGUUAGCAGAUUUUUGUGCAGUUCCAGCAGUAUCAACGUUGAGGUGAUCCAACUGGAAUGUGGAAUUAUGAAAUAUCAGUUCCUUUAUUUUUAUUUUAUUUUAUUUUACGGAAUAAAAGAACAGAAAUUGUCACAAUAUUUGCAAUAUUUAAUUGUGAAACUGUUUAAGACAGAUUUGUUGUCUAGCAAAUAUUCUGAAAUAAUCAUUUUCCUGUGAGGUCCUUUGCCAUCUGAUUUUUUUGUUUUUUAACCGUUUUUUCAAUGAAAGUCUGAAUAGAAUUACCCUGUGAAUUCACAGUGCUUGAUAUUUCUGAGCUGCAGGAGGAUGCCAACACUUUGCAGCUCAUCUCAGAAUACUUCAGCUCAUUUUGGCAAGCAGAAACACCAUUCUUUGCCUCAGAUGUUAAUCUAGCACAAGCUUAUGAUCCUUUGAAGCAUAGACCAAAGAAUGAUAAUCAUUUCAAUCUGUAUGGAAAUGAAAAUUUCAAGUGUAACAGACAUUAUUUUUCCUGAACAAUCUGUUCAAAAACAUUGCUAUUUUUGUUCCUUUAAACUUCUGAAAUUGAUCAAUAAAACUGAUUAGAUGAGUA